UAUAAGGAGCUUCAAGGCAGCAGUCCUGAUGUAAACCUAGGCAGAAUCACAAAGAGGCGCCGAAAGCUUUUACUGAAGAGUAGCCCUUUGCCUCUACCCAUUACUAACACCACAUUGGGGAUGCCUUCUGUCUUGCAAAAAAAUAAAAAUUUGAGUCGACUGUAUAAAAUACAGGAAGAAAGGAAACAACUUAUGAGAGAGGUCUGUGCAAAAUACAAAAGCAACAGCAAAAGAACCAUCACACCUUAUCAUGUCGCCCGGAUAUUUGUGGAAGAUACACAUAAACUUUUAUAUUGUGAAGUGCCCAAGGCAGGGUGCUCAAACUGGAAGCGAGUUUUGAUGGUUCUUAAUGGACUUGCUUCAUCGACAAAGGAUAUUCAGCACAACACAGUGCAUUAUGGAAACCACCUAAAAAGGUUAGACAGUUUUGAUAGGAAGGGGAUUAGUCACAGACUUGACACAUACACAAAAGUUCUUUUUGUUAGAGAACCUUUUGAAAGGCUGGUAUCUGCUUUCCGGGACAAAUUUGAACACCCUAACAGCUAUUAUCACCCUAUUUUUGGAAAGCCAAUCAUUUCAAAAUAUCGUGCUAAUGCUUCCCGGGCAGCACUCAGGACAGGUGCGGGUGUGACCUUCAAAGAGUUCAUUCAGUAUCUCCUUGAUGUUCACAAGCCAGUGGGAAUGGAUAUUCACUGGGAUCAUGUCAACCGACUCUGUAGUCCUUGCCUUAUCAAUUAUGACUUUAUAGGUAAGUUUGAAACCAUGGAGGAGGACGCCAACUUUGUGCUCCACAUGAUUGGUGCCCCAAAGAACUUGACUUUUCCUAGCUUCAAAGACAGGCACUCCAGUGAGGAGAGGACCACGAUAAAAAUUACCCAGCAAUACUUUGCACAGCUAGCACCAGUGGAAAGACAAAGUGCCUAUGAUUUCUAUUACAUGGACUACCUAAUAUUUAAUUACUCCAAGCCUUUUAAUGAUUUGUAUUAA